AUGGUCGUUGGGGACCUGAAUGCCAAGCACCAAGAGCUCGGUUUCAGGGUAACCAACGCGCAUGGUUUGGCUCUAAAGACGCUGGUUGAAGACCUCGGGUUGGAAAUCAGAUCUUCAAGCGAGCCAAAUCACAUCGAUUCGCGGGGAGGACAAGACUGGCUAGGCCUUGCUCUGGUCAGCCCCGGGAUGCUAAAUUGGGUUAGUAACACAAUCUUAUUGCCUGAUAUUGGGAGCGACCAUCUGCCUCUAUUGCACGAACUCCGUGAGCCAGUUCCUCAAAGGGCCCCAGGAUACUUUGACCUCCGGUCCGGUUCCUGGGCCAACCUGGAGAGGUUCAUGGCCAGCAGGUUGCCCUCACUCCUGGUGGGGAAUACCUGCGCCAACAUACGAGAGUUGGAGGCGUUAGAUAAUGGAAUCAAUGCUGCCCUGUCUGAUUAUAUGCGAGAUAAUUUCAAACAGAACCCAGUACAGGGCCAGGCACAUUCCACGCUCCCGUACCGGGUGCUAAAUAAAAUUAGAUUCAAGCGCCGGCUGUCCAGACUGCGGGACAAAUGCGUCUACCAGGAGAACCGUGUCUGGUUUCGCGGCUGGAUCAGCCGGCUUCAGAGGGAGAUCCGGAGGGAAAUCCGUGAACACGAAAGUUCACGGUGGGAGCGGGCCUGCCAAAGAGUGGACCCGCGCUUUCCGGACUUCUGGAAACAACUGAAGAGCCUGUCGGGGAGAGGGGAGGCAAAGUCAGUGCGCCUUAAGCGCUCUGAUGGAACCCUCGCCUCGGACCCGGUUGAGGUGGCUGAUAUAUUUUCAGCCCACCUCAACAACAUCUCGGGAACUGACGGAAGUCAGUUCGUAGAGACGUCGUCUUUUGUUACUAUCCAGGAGGUAUUGUCUUGGGACAAGCGCUGCCAGCUGGACAUAUCAAGGGUCGAUGCAGGCGAAGUUUCCGAAAGGGAGAUCCUGGCAGCGAUCUCCCGAAGUAAGAACACCGCGGCGGGGCUAGAUCGGAUCCCUAUGUCCAUCUUCAAAAAGGCCCCGCCGUUGUUGAUCACGGCCUUACAGGUUUUGUUUAGCGACUUGGGAUGA